GGGGAGAUGUAGAGGAGAAGCUUAAUAGUGUCGGGACAGUGCAGUGACAGCGGACAUAAGGAGGAAAAAUCAUUUGGGCUCUUCUGGAAACGGGAUGCAGAGAAGAGUUGAUACUGCAGCACGGGCAGAAGGAGAAGAGGGGGGAGGUGAGGAAGUCUGCAAAUUAUUUGUUACAGGGCGCAAAGACAAAAUCCGACUUGCGAUCAUGCGUCAUGCGAUCUUCACCUUCAUCCUCGCAUUGGCCCCUUGCUGAUGGUGGAAAUCAGGAACAAGGAUGGACUACCACCCCCAACCUGUGUGCUACAGCCGCAAGACUACACCAGCAUCAGCUGCUUGCUGAGCACCUCUGAUCACAUCUCAGCUGGGGGCCUUCAUGCCCUGGGACAGUCCUGGGAGAUAGAGGGAGGAGGUGGGGGAGGAAGAAGAGGAGGGGGAGGUGCUGGCAGAGGAGAGGCUGGCUCAAAGAAGUGUUGGAGGGUAGUGGUUUCAGCUGCUUGCUGUAUUUUUGGAUGUGGUAUCUCCUGAAUUAAGCGAGCUGGCUGGAAUAAAGAUGUAGUGUGAGCUAGUAGAAGGAGGGGUGCAGAACAAGGAGAGUGCUGUGCUGAGGAGCGCAGAGGCUGGACGUCCCGGCUCAACGGACGGAGGUCUGGGGGAGUCCUUGGUGGGAGACAAAGACGCCAAGGAUCCACUGGAUCAGGAAGAUGCCCUCUCGCUGCAGGAAUGCGCUGAACAUCGUGGUCACCACCCUUUUUGCCGCGGUGGUUCUCUUUACCAUCCUGCUUGCCUAUGUUACAGGCUACCAGUUCAUCCACACUGAGCAGCACCAUCUCUCUUUUGGCCUCUAUGGGGCCUUCCUUUCCCUCCAUCUCCUCCUCCAGAGCCUCUUUGCCUUCCUGGAGCAUCGGCGGAUGAGGAGCCCCUCCCAGCCACAGCACCUCCGAAGGUCCGUGGCUCUCUGCAUUGCUGCUUACCAGGAGGACCCAGACUACCUGAGGAAAUGCCUUCGCAGCGUCCGCCGAAUCUCCUUCCCUGGUCUGAAGGUGGUGCUGGUAGUGGAUGGGAACCGGCCAGAGGACAGCUACAUGAAUGACAUUUUCCUCGAGGUGAUGGGCGGGGCUGACCAGGCUGGCAGGAUGGUGUGGAAGGGAAACUACCACAGUGAUGGGAGUGGAGGUGGAGGAGUCGGAGGUGGCGGGAGGAGCACAGUGCACAUGGAGGAGGCAGCACGAGUGGCUCGGCUGGUCAGAGGCUGCCGCUACUCCUGUAUCAUGCAGGAGUGGGGAGGGAAAAGAGAGGUCAUGUACACUGCCUUUAAAGCACUUGGGGACAGUGUGGAUUAUUUGCAGGUGUGUGACUCAGACACUGUUCUAGACCCAGCAUGCACCAUAGAAAUGCUGAAGAUCCUUGAGGAAGAUCCUAUGGUGGGAGGGGUUGGCGGAGACGUGCAGAUUCUUAAUAAAUAUGACUCCUGGAUCUCCUUCCUAAGUAGCGUACGCUACUGGAUGGCCUUCAACAUCGAGCGGGCCUGCCAGUCCUACUUUGGGUGUGUCCAGUGUAUCAGCGGCCCUCUGGGGAUGUAUAGGAACUCUUUGCUCCAGCGCUUCCUGGAACCCUGGUAUCACCAGACCUUCCUGGGCUCCAAGUGCAGCUUCGGUGAUGACCGCCACCUCACCAAUCGGGUGCUCAGCUUUGGCUACAAGACUAAAUUCACAGCACGAUCGCAUUGCCAGACUGAGACACCCACCCAGUAUCUGCGUUGGCUCAACCAGCAGACUCGAUGGAGCAAGUCUUAUUUCCGCGAGUGGCUGUAUAACGCCCUGUGGUUCCACAAGCACAGCCUCUGGAUGACCUAUGAGUCCGUGGUCACAGGCUUCUUCCCUUUCUUCUUGGUUGCCACCGUCAUCCAUCUCUUCUACCGUGGAAGGCUUUGGAACAUCCUGCUUUUCUUAUUAACAGUCCAACUGGUCGGGAUGGUGAAGGCCACCUAUGCCUGUUUCCUGCGUGGCAGCCUGGUGAUGAUCUUCAUGUCCCUGUACUCUCUGCUUUACAUGUCCAGCCUGCUCCCCGCCAAAAUAUUUGCCCUGCUCACCAUCAACAAGGCUGGAUGGGGCACUUCAGGCCGCAGGAAGAUCGUGGUAAACUUCAUAGGCGCUGUACCUGUCACAGUCUGGGCUAUGGUGCUCUUCGGGGGGGUGGCAUAUACAAUCUACUGUGAAACACAGGAGCCAUUUAGUGAGAGAGAGAAAGCCUUGUUGAUAGCAGGGACAAUACUCUAUGCCUGCUACUGGCUAAUUCUGCUGGUUCUUUACCUGGCAAUCGUAGCCAAACGGUGUAACAAGCGGGAAGAACAGUAUCACCUGCCAUAUGCAGAAGCAUAAACCUGCUACCAGGUAGGACAUUCACACCGGGUUUCAGUGCAGUGGGGCUGUACCAAUGCACUGAUGAACUGUGAAUCACAAACACAAUCACAUCUUCAUCAUGGAUGUUGAAAAGAUGUAAAUCUGAAAUCUGAGCAUCUGGAAUCCAUUCCAGUUGGGGGAGACUCAGUGAUGAACGGUGACAAAAUGCACAACGGUACAGUGCUGUGCUUUCAAUAAAUAUAAAGUAGGUAAAGGAACA